AUGGAUGGAGCCAUCUCUAAAUAUAGAUGGAACUUCUGGAUGGCUUAAGUCUAUAGAAACAGAGACUAUGAUCCCCAUCUUUAUACAAAGUUAAAAAACUAAACUCCCACUCAAAAAAUCCUUGAAGAUAUUACCAAAGAUAUUAAUAGAACAUUUCCCUCUCAUGAUCACUUUAAAGAUUACAAUUAAGGUUAAUAAUAAUUAUUCUCUAUUCUCAAAGCCCUUUCCAUGCUUAAUGAGGAUAUUGGUUAUGUUUAAGGAAUGAAUUAUAUCGUUGGAUUCUCAUUAAUUGUUAGUGGAGGCAAAGAAGAGGAAGUCUUUUGGCUUAUUCAUUUUAUUAAUACUAAUCCUCUCUUUUAAUGGUGGGAAAUCUAUAGAGUCAAUUUCAAUUAUGCUAAAGCCAUAUGCUAAGUGUUCUCAAAAAAUUUUAAUGAAUAUCUUCCAGCACUUUAUCAACACUUUUAAGAUGAAGGAAUUAGUGAUUAAUAAUACAUUUGGCAAUGGAUUUUAACUUAGUUUUUAUAUACCUUCCCUAUUGAUAGAGUAAUUUUCUUUUGGGAUUUUAUUUUGGCCACUGAUAUCUUUUCAAUCAUCAAAAUUAGUAUUGCUUUUCUUAAAGAAUUUGGAUAUGAAUUAAUUUAAAAAGAUAUUGGUUAAAUCUCAGAAUUUCUAACUGGUUUCAUUAAAGAUCAAUUAUAAAUUGAUGUUCCCAAAAUCAUUAGUGAUGCAAAAUAAAUAGUUGUAAAUAUGACUGAAGACUAAAAAUAAUUCUUUUAAAAUUAUAAACCUUAAUCAUCUACUUGA